UAACCAUUUACACCUUCUACCGACCUUCCUUCACGGGAAAUUCUGAGUAUUUACCUUCAUGAGACAUUUCGUGGACUCCUCAUGUGAAUGGCAUCUUAUUUAUUGUCUGUUUAGUAUAGCCUACUGUAUUGUACAGUAAAUGCGCGUUUACAGAUUAGAGAUAGUUUUUCUUUGUUUCAAUCGUGACGGGUGCGCUACAGUUAUGAUUCCCAAUGACAAUUGGAAAUGUGUUGUUUUUUAGAGCUGUGAAAAUGAUUUGCGGGAGGAAAGCUAGUUGCUUUUGACUAAACGAAAAUGAAGUUACUUCUCACGGUGGGAUUGUUGAUGGCGUUUGUCUCUCCUUCAUCAAGUAUAUGGAUUUUGGAAUGGCCCACACUAAACUGCACUCAAGAGGGUUUGAGAUGUGAAGCCAACAUCAAUAACUGCCUGGAUCCUGGGUGGUUGAAGCCUCGGAGCUACACUCCUAGCAGCCCAGUGAACCUAGAGGUGGAGCUGGACACUAGAAAAGAUGAGGAGGGACACCUGGUGCCUGUUUUAGUGGCCCGAUGGAAAGCUCAGGAUGACGGAAGUAUUAGUUCCCUGAAAGGAACAGAGCUUCAUGUUUUGAAGGAAGCCACAAACCAGAAUCUGUGUGUUCGAUACUUAUUCUCCGAUAAGAUACCCAUGCUGAAUCCAGCACAUGAAAAGUGGUCUUUCUCCCUGGAUCGAGUGGUGGUUGAACCCGGCCUGUCAUACGUCGUCUCAGUCUCCAACCUCCCCAAACCAAACCUGAAACACUCUGGUUAUAACAUCCAUAAACAUUUUACUGUGCCAGAUUGUAAAGAUCCCAAGAUUCAGAGGAGCAAGGUGUGUCUGGAAAGCGGGAGUCUGUGGAGACCUAACACUACGUUGGAGCGGUCUACUGGACCACAAGGCAGAACCACGCUCACUGUUGGGUUCAGUACAGACCAGCACUCACACAACUACAGAGUCUCACUACUGUGCUCCAACAACAGACAAUGGCAGGACACAGACAUGACCAACCAAACGUUGCUGAAUGUAGAGUUUGACCUGGAGAAGUGGCCCCGGACCUGCUGCCAUUUUGAUGUGGAGAUCCAGCCGUUUUUUAGCAGUUGCAACAACGACUGUGUACGAAGAAGGAAAACGUUUAACAUAUGUGGGACCCCUCCAACUGUGUUACCUGGAGAUUCUGCAUCUCCUAAAAUCUACACAGCCGUAGCAGCCGUGGUGUUGCUGCUGGUCACUGGACUGGUCUGUUGUCUUGUCUAUCAACUACGGAGACGGAGAAAGAAAGUCCCACCAGGCCCCUAUCCCCCAGCUGUAGAGCCAGAGGCCCAGACUCCUCAUCUCUCCAGGGUUCCUCCCAGGGUGUUGGUGAUCUACUCUCAGGACCAUCCUCUCUACAGGAAUAUAGUCCUGAAGCUCUGUGCCUUCCUCCAGGCCAAGUGUGGAACUGAGGUGGUGUUGGACCUUCUAGACACAGCCUGGCUGGGCACUGUGGGGAGACUACCCUGGCUGGAGUGGCAGAGACAACAGAUCAACAAAUCAUCAGACAAGAUCCUGGUCCUCUGUUCUCGUGGCGUCCAGGCCAAGUGGAGGGCGAUGUGUGGCCAGAGUCGUGUGACGUUAAGAGAGGACCUCCGGUCGCCCAUCGACGACAUGCUGACCCCGGCCCUCAACCUCUUCCUGCCCGACAUGCAGCAGGCCGCCGCGCUGGGGAAAUACAUGGUGGCCUACUUUGACGAUGUCGGCAGCGAGCGUGACGUGCCGUCUGUCUUCGACAUCGCUGUGAAGUACAAGCUGAUGAAACACUUUGAGGAGCUCUGCUUUAGGAUCCUGGACCAGGAGAAGUACGCACCAGGACAGGUCAGCCACAUCGAGGGGAUCGGAGUGGAAGAGUACUUCACAUGUCCAUCGGGGAGGGAUCUGCGUGACGCCAUCGAAGCCUUCCAGGUGUUCCAGCUAGAAAACCCAGACUGGUUUGAACAGGAGUGUGUUGACAUCAACGCAGAGGAGGAAGUGGUCGCAGGAACAGAGUAUGAUGCUCUACUGGAACAGCCGGUCGCUCCUGUUCUAGAGUUUGUUCCAGAAUACAGGAAGGGGCCUCCUGUUUUAGAGUUUGUUCCAGAAUACAGGAUGGGGCCUCCUGUUCUACAGUGUGUUCCAGAAUACAGGAAGGGGCCUCCUGUUCUACAGUGUGUUCCAGAAUACAGCAAGGGGCCUCCUGUUCUAGAGUUUGUUCCAGAAUACAGGAAGGGGCCUCCUGUUCUAGAGUUUGUUCCAGAAUACAGGAAGGGGCCUCCUGUUCUACAGUGUGUUCCAGAAUACAAGAAGGGGCCUCCUGUUCUACAGUGUGUUCCAGAAUACAGGAAGGGGCCUCCAAUCCCCAGCUAUGAUGUAGAGAUCAAUGAAAAUAGCCAGGGAGUCCAGGUCUUGACUCCUGAAGUGAAACUGGAAGGUAAUGGGACGUCUGUGCUGGAGCUUCUUCCAAGGGUCAGCUCUGACAGCCACCAGGUGUACCCGUCAUACCCGGUCGUUGAGGCCCCACCUGGGGUACUUAUCUCUGAUCUGCACCCGCAUGACCUGGAGAGUCAACCCUGGGGGUUGUCAGAUCUUCUCCUGAGUGAGCCACCCUCGGCCAGAGAGAACUGUCUCCACCUACAGGAGAGGUGGGGAACAGCAGACCGCUGCCCUCUAGAGAACGAGGAAGAGGAGGAGGCAUACGGUCCUUCUCGUCAACCCUCUGCUGACACCCUGGAACAACUCAUGUCUCUCCAGCUGUCACUCUGUGGUCUCAGUGCUAUCCCAGAAAUCACCUCUGUGUCCACAGAGCACGGCUACCUAUCACAACAGCAUGGAGAGAUGGACCUAUCACUUCCUGUCAAGAUGGGCCAAUCACAACUGUCCUUCAGCUCCAUCCAGGUUACCCCACCUGUACCGAUGGACAGUCAGAUUCAGUACCUCCCUCCCCUGUUAGAGAUAACCCACUCCCAGCCAGUAGAGAUGGAGGAGGGUGUGGAGGUGAUGAAUCCUGCUGCCCAGGAGAAGAGACCCGUCAGUGGGUCAGACCUGGGCUAUAUCUCCAGGAGCUCCUUCCAGCAGGACUCUUCUGUACUCUACCCUGUAGGAGAGGCCAGCGACAAUCCACUGGUGGCACUGGCCAGGUUACAACAGGCUCUCUACCUAAACAAUUAAAUACUCUGGCUUCUGCAAUAAAAUGCAGAGAGAACGUUCUAGAAAACGGGUGUUCAUCAUAUACUCUGGAUCAUAAACACUUUAGUUGUUCAGCAUUGUCUUUCAUAUUAUUAUAACACUAUUGUCUAUAAAAGUUUUUCUGAUUUCCUGUUUGAAAUGAUGCACAAACCUGGAGUAAAUGAAUCAGCCAAUGGGUUUGUACAGCAUCAUCCAUACAUUUAGUUCUGACAUCACUUCCUUAUAUCAGUUUGUACAGGACAAUAAAAGUGAUCAUGUCCAUAUUUCAGAUAUACACAACAUUCUACACGUAGAAUUUACUUUCUGUAAACAAUAACCAGUUUCUGUUUUCCUGUACACUAUUUGGGAAUCAAGAUUUUUUUGUCCC